CCCAACAGUCAUCUCUCUUUCUCUCUCUCAAUCAAUUGUAUUCCUUUUAAGAUUUCUCCACACAACGAUUUCGAAAUCAAUUGAAGUUGAAGACAUUCAUCAUUAUACAAGUAAAUGGUAUGGCGUGGUUUUCAGGAGUGAAGAAGAAGGAAGGUGAAAGAUUGGGCGUAUUAGGGUUCCUGAGGAGAGUGGUAGCUGCAACUAUGAGCUGUUUUCUCGGUUGUUUUGGAGUGAAAGACUCGCACUCUCGUCUCAAAACAACUCCUGAGAAGGAGCGCCUGGUUUUUCGCGAUAGGAAUGCACUGUCAUCGCUAUUUGUUGCCGAUGGUUUACUAGAAUCAGAAGAUGAUUUAAUUCGAAAGACUGAGGAAGGUUGGGGUCCAAUGUCUGAAGAAAUUGAUAUUAAGGAGCUCAAGGACGAGGCCAAGUUCCUGAAAGCAUGUGGAACUUUGCUUGAGACUCCUGUUGAAAUUCGGAAAGUCUCUCGUAAAAGGCUGGAUACAGAUGCUCACAAAGAAGAACUCAAUCCAUUGAUGACCUGUGCAUCCAUUGAGAAACUGAAACCAAAGGAUCCACUUGAUGAAUCUUUAACGCCUGUUAAAACUUGUGGAAAAUGGGUAACUGGUGAAGGGUUUUUGGUAGGCACUCCGAGCAGUGGCUUGCCUGCCGGAGAUGAUACCAGAAGAGACUCUACCAGCUCCACUCAGAGCGAUGAUAAUGAUGGAGCCAUCACUCCCAAUGACGUGACUGAUGAAGCUCAUCGCUCUGCAGUUUCACCUGAAGCCUUAGGCGCCACAGUACAGCGCACAAAUAAGUCUGUACGCUUUGAGUGCCACUCUGAUAGAUCAUCUGAAAAUUCUGUUCAGCGCAUGAAACAAUCCGGUUCAUCUGGUGAUUCUAGUGUAUCUGUAACGUCACCAUAUCCAACCCCACUGCACUUGACUGAUGAAAUGCAGACACCCGGCACUGUAUUCCCUUCAUACACGAACAUUAUUGCUGGUGGGACUACUAAGAUCCGAUCUCAGUACGUGUAUUCAAUCUUGAAUCCGAUUGAGUAUCAAUCCCAGUGGAAGGAGUUGGACGAAGAAAACACAGAUCCCAACCACCAAAAAGAAUCACCAAAGCCUAAUGAUGAAGCAACCCCGAUGUCAGUCUCCUUGAAGGAUGCUGUUUUGCUUAAAAGUGUCAAGAAGGAGGAGCUGAGCUUGUCUGAGUGGAUUAAAUCACAUCCAGCCAAUCAAGAGGGAAGCGACGGAAAUGCUGGUGAAAAUGCUCAUUACGUGAGAAGCCCGGGAGAUCGACCUAUUCUUGGGAUGGUGGCAGCUCACUGGAAUGAUGAAGAAGCCACUCAUGUCUCUCCUAAAUGGUGGGGUGUAAAUGGUAUCCCCAAUACAACCACCAAGUACAAAGAGGAUCAGAAAGUUAGUUGGCACGCGACACCAUUCGAGGAGAGACUCGAAAAGGCAUUAUCCGAAGACACGAGGAAGCAAAUCAGUGGUGGUUCGCCAGUCGACUUCGAUGAAUGUGAAGAAUCCGAUACAGCUUCAUCACAAUAUCAAUCUUCUUCAUCCCAUCUCUAGUCUGUUGUUACAUUCUGAUUCAAGUUUUCUAAACUUGUUUUCAAUUUCAAAGUAUGUAAGUCCCACACAUUUCUUGCAUCAUUAUUCAUGAAACACACUAUUAAGUUGGUGUUUCCAUCAAUGUACAUAAUAAGGAGUCUUCUUCUACAAUCUAUUCUGCAAUAGUUUCUUUUCUUUC